GACAGCCUCUGAUUUGGGUGUGCGCCCAGGACCAAUCACACACACCAGCCCAGCCCGACAGAGCCAGCAAAUAACUCCCGACGACGCUUCGUAAACCAACCACCCGAAGUUUAACCACACAGCCAGACCUGCAUUGCACUUAUACCAAAGCACCAGCCAACAACGCGCCACACAACCCAGACACACAGACACACCACCAUCAUCAGCUUGCCUUCAGUCUUGAGCCUCAAGACUACGCGUAACUUGGAGGUCCCAACCGGGUUUUUGAAUUUCUCAAAAGCCUGGCAGAGUUGCCCCGAUAUUGGUUCUCCUUUCAAGAUCUGGCCGCUGGGCCACAACUCUCUUAACCGAUGGGCGAGGAUUCCAGACGGGGCAACAAGAUGUUGUCCCUGGGCUCCCGCCCAGCAUACCCCAUCACCAUAACGAAGCUGUACAAGUCCGCCGGCGACCGCAUCAAAAAGCAGGAGCCGCUGUUCCAGUACUCGUUCAAGAUCUGGGGUGAGGAGGGCAACAGGGAGACGGGCGAGUACGAAGCCGUCCGGAAGACGACAUUUACAGAAUGGCCCUGCCCCGCCGACGGCAAGCUUCUCAAAUGGCACAUCCGCGCCGGCGACGUCAUCGGUCGCGACCGUGAGUGCGCCACGGUCGAGGAGGACUGCACCCACGAGAUUCAGUUCCAGGGCCUCUGUGCCAUGUGCGGCAAGGACAUGACCGAAGCCAACUGGGCCGCCGACAAGCUCGACACGGAGCGCGCUCCGAUCAACAUGACGCAUGACCAGACUAGACUGCUCGUCAGCAAAAAGGCCGCCACCAAGACCGAGUUCGAACUCCAGAAGAGGUUGCUGGACCAGCGCAAACUGAUUCUUGUCGUCGACCUCGAUCAGACCAUCAUCCACGCCUGCAUCGAGCCCACCAUCGGCGACUGGCAACGCGAUCCGACAAAUCCCAACCACGAGGCGGUCAAGGAUGUGAAGAGCUUCCAACUCAACGACGACGGCCCCCGCGGCCUGGCAUCGGGAUGCUGGUACUACAUCAAGAUGCGCCCGGGCCUAGUCGACUUCCUGGAGAAGAUUGCGACCAUGUACGAGCUACACGUUUACACCAUGGGCACUCGCGCGUACGCCAUGAACAUCGCCAAGAUUGUCGAUCCAGACCAGAAGCUAUUCGGCAACCGCGUCAUCAGCCGAGACGAGAACGGCAGCAUGACGGCGAAGAGCCUCCAGCGCCUCUUUCCGGUCAGCACUCGGAUGGUGGUUAUUAUCGACGACCGCGCCGACGUUUGGCCUCGCAACCGGCCCAAUCUCAUCAAGGUCGUCCCUUACGACUUUUUCAAGGGCAUCGGAGAUAUCAAUUCCAGCUUCCUGCCAAAACGCGAAGACCUCCUCGGCCCCUCGGCCCAGAUCCCCAAGAGUCCCUCGGCCAAGGGCAGCAAGCCGGCCAAGCCGAAUGGCGGCCCCACGGCGGCUGGCAAGAAAUCCACGCUUGAGGAGUUGGCCAACAUGAGCAGCGGCGAAGGCGCGGCGCUCAUCAAAAAGCAGACAGAAGAGCAGGAGAAGACACUGGAGAUGCAGAUCAAGGACCGUCCCCUGCUCCAUAUGCAGGAAAAACUGGACAAGGAGGACGGCGAGGCUGCGAGCAAGGAAGAGGGUGACAGCGAUACCGCCCCAGCAUCGGCGAGCCACUCCCGCCAUCAUCUCCUCCUCGACGACGACAGUGAACUUGCCUAUCUGGAGCAGCACCUAACACAGCUUCACGAGGCAUUUUACCGCGCUCACGACGCCGAAGUGGCUAGUGCGAAAAAAUCAGCCGACGACCAGACGAAUCCGCCCGACGUCGGAAACGUCCUCGAUGGCCUCAAGGCCAAGGUGCUGCGGGGCACGAGAAUUGUUCUUUCAGGCCUGGUUCCUGUAGGAGUCGACGCCCGACAAUCAGAGAUUGGCUUGCAGGCACGGAGCUUUGGUGCCACGAUUCGUGGGAAGGUAUCAAAGCGGGUGACCCAUCUUGUCGUCAGCAACAGCCGCGCGCGAACGCAAAAGAUGGUAGAGGCGGAGCGGAUCCCGGGAAUCAAGAUGGUCAACCAGGACUGGCUGAUAAACAGUUUGAGCCAGUGGAAGCAUUUGGACGAGACUCCUUACGCCGUGGGCAAGUCGGCGGCAGAGCGAGCGGCACUGGUAUCGACAAGCACGCCGGGAGAGAACACGGACGCCGAAGCGACUUCGGAUGGCGAGGCGGACGGUGUCCCAUGCAAACCAAAGAAAGUCAGGAUUGUCGUGUCCAAUCCGAGCGGUGUUUCCAACGAAGAGGAUGGUGACGAUUCAGACGAUGAGGACGAGGGACCGGACGACAGUACCGACGACUUUGAUGACGAGCCGGGUGUCUACGGCCCAGAUGGGCACACCGCAGAAGCCUACAGCACAACAAGCCCCGUCGAGACGCUGAAAGAUUUUGACUGGGACCAAGCCGAUGCCGAGAUGGCCGAUUUCCUCGAUUCUGAUGACGAGACCUCGGCAGACGGCGCCUCGACGGCUGGUAACAACAGCGAGGCCGAGGAAAGCAGCGCUCUCGUGGUGGGUAGGAAGCGCAAGCUUGGCGGCAGCACUACUGAAUCCGACGACGACUCUAGGCUUGCGGCAGAAAACACGGGUGCGAAGAAGCAGCGCGUGGGGAUGGUGCGCAGUGCUUCGAAGCUCCGUGUUGUACGCGUGCCUGGCGACGACGACAAGGAGAAUGGGGCCAGCCUCCCGACGCCGCAUGGCACGGGAGACGAGGAGGAUCUGGCGCUGCCCAAGAGCAGUCAAGCAUCGGCGGCGGAGGACGACGACUUUGAUGAGGACCUGGAGGCGGACCUCAUGGCAGAGCUGGAGGCGGAGGAGCUGGAGUCGGCAGAACAAGAGAAGGGUUAGAUGCCGAGGCUCGCACCCGUGUCUUUUGUUUCCAACUGGUAUGUCUUCUGAUCAGCGACGGCGCAUGGGUUUACCGAAAGAACUAGAGGGGGGCGGAGAGCAGCCUUUGUCUUCUUGUUUUUCUGAAUUCACUUUCUGUAUGAUUUUUCUUCUUCGUCUGUCUGUAGGAUUGCAUAACAGCCAUAAACACUUGAGCAAUCGAAAUAUGUGCUAGAGUGCUGUCCAGGCCUUGAACAUUGCCGUUGGAAAAUGAGACUCUGAUCAAGACUCCAGCCACGCCAACUCGGUAGAUACGUGCCGUGAACAAAAAAAAAAAUACCAACACACAUGAUACAGAUA